CUGUUGUUGAUGUUGUUGUCUCGCGCAAAUUUUCACAGAAAGUGAAAAUAUCUUUCAUCUCACCCUGCAGUGAAUAACAAAAAACGUGCCAAUGAAAGUGGAAAUGGAAGAAAUUGACGAUUCGACAAUAUGCGAUUCGGUCAAUUCACUCGUCGAAGGAUGUCGCCUGCCUGUACAUAUGAAAGGCACCAACGACUGGCCUUUGGCUGAACUGAUAAGCAUCAAGGAUAAUUUUGAUGGGACAAAACUUUAUUAUGUACAUUAUGUUGAUUUUAACAAAAGACUCGACGAAUGGGUAACUGAAGAUUUACUCGACACAAGAAAAGUCCAUUUUCCGCGGCGUGACUGCCCAAGCAACACAGGCGUUUCCACACCUAAGAAAGUAAUAGGUACCGGCGGCACAGGUGGCCAACAAUCCGUCUCACGUCCGUCGAGCCCCGUUUUAGGCGACAUCGUAAACGGCAGCGCGUUAUUAGACGCCGCAUUACAGAAACAAAUCAAUCGCAAACGCAAAGGCGACUCUAUAGAAAGCGAAGAUUCACAGGAUGCGCCACCACCGCCCAGUUCAGUCCCACGCAUCGACAGCCAACACUCGCAGAAUUCAAGCCAGCAAAAUGCAAGUCAGCAUAGUCAGAAUCAGAAUCAAAACCAGCAACCACCACAGCAAGGACCACGACAAUCCGGUUCGAUGGUGUCGCAUCAUGACGAUGUAAUCACACGAAUGAAAAACGUUGAUAUGAUUGAACUGGGUAGACACCGAAUUAAACCGUGGUAUUUUGCGCCGUAUCCGCAAGAAAUGUGCGUUGUGGUGCCUUGUAUCUACAUCUGCGAGUUUUGCUUGAAGUAUCGGAAGAGUCGGAAGUGUUUAGAGCGGCACAUGGCGAAAUGUAACCUGAAACAUCCACCGGGCAAUGAAAUUUAUCGAAAAGACGGCAUUUCUUUCUUUGAGAUCGACGGCAGGAAGAAUAAGACCUAUGCGCAGAAUUUGUGCUUACUGGCUAAGCUGUUUCUUGACCAUAAGACAUUAUAUUACGAUACGGAUCCGUUUUUGUUCUAUGUGAUGACUGUUUUCGAUAAUCGGGGUUUUCACAUCGUCGGGUAUUUUUCGAAAGAGAAAGAAUCCACUGAGAAUUAUAAUGUUGCUUGUAUUUUAACAAUGCCGCCAUAUCAAAGGAAAGGCUAUGGAAAAUUACUUAUAGAAUUUAGCUAUGAAUUAUCGAAAUUUGAAGGAAAAACAGGCUCACCCGAGAAACCGCUCUCAGAUUUAGGUUUACUUUCCUAUAGAAGUUAUUGGGCGCAAACAAUUCUUGAGAUUCUCGUGUCGAUGAAACCAGUCGGCGACAACGAAAAACCACAAAUUACUAUAAAUGAAAUAUGUGAAUUGACAAGCAUAAAGAAUGAAGACGUGAUAUCGACGCUACAGAAUUUAAACCUAAUAAAUUAUUACAAGGGUCAGUACAUAAUAACGCUCAAUAAGAAUAUUCUAGAAAGUCACCGGAAAGCAAUGGAGACGCGACUGAUACGAAUCGACCCGAAAUGUCUGCACUGGACGCCCAAGGAUUGGGGAAAACGAGCGAAAUGCUAGAUUGGCGUUCUUCUGCUAAUCGGGAAUUUAAAAAAUGUUUAAGAUUUAUGUCUAACAUCUGAAUUAAUAAAAAAAUGAAGUUGUGUGUUGUCUGAGGCAAAUAUAGGGAUAUUGUGAUAAGUCUAAA